AUGACAGCGUCGACUUCAACACCCCCUAUCCAUUGGUUCGGCCAGCCUGUUCGUGUGCCAUCGGCGUCGCCGUCGGCAGAAGCUCAUGCUCUUGUUUCACUUCGCCCUCAGGCGGGACAAGAAUGGGGGAGCGAGGAAGAGAUAGGAUUGAUUCCAUAUGCGAAACGCUCGCCCGCGACAGAAGGCUCUGCUCUCUGCUCAGUUACCUUGACGUCGUCCGCCCGUUCCAGGCUUGCCCCUAUCACCAUGUCUAACAAUGACCUAUUGAAGUGGGUCACCAGCGAUGUUGAUUUCUACGAACUCUUGGGCGUGACCUUCGAGAACUGCAGCGAGUCGGAGCUACGACGUGCAUACAGGAGGACCGCGCUCAAGUACCACCCAGACAAGGUCGGGAAGGAUUUCGACCCUGCCAAAUACGAACUGUUCCAGGCUGCGAAUGAUGUGCUCAGCGAUCCCGAAUUGAAGGCGAAGUACGAUAACCACCGCAAUGCUAAGUUGCAAAAGCAGAGAGCAAAUGAGCUCUUCGAGGGGCGGAGGCGGCAGAUGAAGGAGGAUCUGGAGGCCCGGGAACGAGGUGGUAUAGCUACCGCGGGGCUGAAGAGACCGAGAGAAGAUGAUGCGCAGAGUCAAGUGCAACAGGAGCUUAGGAAAUUGGCCGAGGAGGGAAGGAAGAGGAGGGCGGCGAGGGCAUCCAUGAUGGGCGAGAGCGCGAGCGCGGCAACAUCAUCGCCAGCCCCACCAUCCCCCGAGAAGAAACCAGCUGCAGCUCCGGCUCCAGCCCAAGAUCCAAACGCCGGAGAACAGCCUGAAGAGGACGAAGUAGAGAGAUUAGAGCGGUUGAUACGUGAAGCUGAGCAAGCCAAAGCAAAGCGGAAAGCAGAGAAGAAGGCUCGGAAGAGUGGUAUCUUCGUGCCUGUCGACUCGCCAUCUGUUGGAGGAAGUGCAGAAGCGGGGGAGAAACUGGCAGAUCGAGAUACAGCCACACCUACCAAACGUCCUGAUAUCUUCAAAGGAUUGAAAGCUGACGAGAAAUCUUCAGCAUCGCCGAGAUUCUCCUUCUCACCAAACACGCCGAAAUCCAAAGAUUUUGCGGCUACGAUGGCCAGGUUAAAAGCUGCUGAGAAACAGAGAAUGGAGGAUGAAAUAAGACAGCGGGAGUCGGAGAUGGCUUAG